GAACAACGUAAUUUCCGGGACAAGUAGAAAAAAAGUGGGCGUGUCUUCAGGUAGAUCCGUCGCACGCGGAUCACAACCAUUGUGCACAUGUUGCUGUUGAAAAGUGGGAUUAUGGAUAUUUUGAGCAAGUGAAACUGCCACAAUGUCAUCCCAGCUUGGACUUCCGGCGCGAGGCUCAAAUAUAACAGUUCUGAUUACCGAAGUACAUUCAUCUCCCAAUAGUCCGUUAGUUGAGUUUUGGGGAAAGUUGAAUCAGGUCAGGACAUUGGAUCAUCAAUCCCUGUCUCCGGUUAAUUUAUUUCAAGAGUUGGAAGGAAAUCCAGGUGACCUGUGCUUAGUUAAAAUCAACCUUACGUGGUACAGGUGCCGCAUCGUCUCAAGAAAUGGAUCCAACUGCAAAGUGUUCCUCAUUGAUGAAGGGAUCACAUUCAUCACCACCACAAAGUUGCUGGCAUGGGGUAAACUGGAGCACUUCCAUCUGCCACCUGAAGCGGAGCGAUGUGUGCUUGCCAAUGUUUUGCCACUCUCACCUGAAAAUAGAUGGUCCCCAGGUGCAAUAGAAUUCCUGAAAUAUCUUCGAGGACGGGAAUCAGAGGCACAUGUACAAGAUGUACUGGUUCAGCAAAAAAAGCUUAUUCUGGACAUCCCAUGCAUAUCCAGACAAAUGUAUGAAAUGGGAUUAGCAAAGAAACUGGGUUCCAGCUGGUUUCUGGACGUCGUUAAAGCUUCAGAUCCCCACAGUAGCGGUAAAAUGUCUCCAGCAGCUCUGCCAAUCCCUAUAGGUGAAGUUGAGCAACUGCAGAAUAAGGAGUUGUACAUGUAUCCACAGCUGCUAGCAGGAGCGGUGGAGACUGUUGUAGUCACAGAAGUGACAAAUCCACAGCGAGUUUUUUGUCAGUUGAAGGUCUUUUCCCAUGAGUUGAAAAAACUCUCAGAGCAAAUCACACAGUGCUGUAUUGGUAGAACGGCCAGUUGCAGUGUAGGUCCUGAAAUGAUUGGUUUUCCAUGUGCUGCCAGAGGAAGUGAUGGCAGGUGGUGCCGCUCUGUUCUACAACAAGUACUCCCAACUAACGAUCUGGUUGAAGUACUGAACGUUGACCUUGGUACAAAACAAUUUGUUCAAAUGGAGAAUGUAAGACCAUUGGCUCCAGAGUUCUUCCGAAUGCCAGUUGUGACAUAUCUCUGCUCCCUCAACGGAAUUAUUGACCGUGGGGUUGGCUGGACAAGCACCCAGAUUGACUACCUCAAGACCCUACUCUUGCACAAGACACUCAUUGCCAAAUUUGAGUACCAAGGUAUCUCAGAGGGUGUUUACUAUGUUACUCUCUAUGGUGACGAAAAUAAAAACCUCAACAACUUGUUCAGUUCCAAAGAGAGCUCUUUGCACGAGAGUGAAAAAACACUGCACAAUUAUGCAAUCGGAAACGCAUCAUACAGCAGCCCACAUCCCUUCCAGCUUAAAAACAAUGAAGGAAAGCUUUUGCUUUCUGGACAAACCUUGGGGGAUGGGGAGAGAAUGAACAUGUUUUCAGUUGAGAACCUCCUUCCCAACUCGUCACACAUGGCAUGGGUGGCUCAUGUCUGUAACCCAUCUGAGUUUUGGAUCCAAACACAAAACCACGCAAAAGAGCUGGAUAAAUUAAUGGAUAAGAUGCACCAUUUGUACCAACAUUCUGAUAAUAAAGACGUGAUAGAAACCCCUACCGUUGGCACCUACUGUGCAGCUAAAGCAGACGAUGGUGUCUUCUACAGAGCUGUUGUGUCGGAAGUUGGAAAAGCACACAUCAAGGUGUUCUUUGUGGAUUAUGGAGACACCAAAGAGGUUGAUGGGAGAAACAUCAGAACUCUCCCUGACAUUUUCAAAGAACUGCCAAAGCUUGCGUUAAAAUGCGCUUUAGUGGGUGUUUGCCCAAAAGGGCAUACAUGGAGUUGCUUUGCCAUUGAGUAUUUCAGCAAAAUUGCCACUGACAAAAUACUUAAGGUAUACGUGAUGGCAAAACGCGAUGAUACCCAUCUUGUAACACUGACUAAUUCUGAGGCAUCAGGAGAAAAGGAUAUCAGUCAGAUGCUGUGUUCUUCUGGCCUCGCUGAACGGGAUGAGAAACCACCCAAUAUUUCCACGCACAAUUCAAAAGCAGGAUGCUCCGGUGUUUACAAAAACAGUGUGGCGUCUUUUCAGACACAAAGCAUUUUUGAUAUCUCCAACAAAGAGAAACAAAUUGAUAAGUUCAAGGCAUGUAUGUUUCCCAUUGGUAGUGUCCUGGAUGUCAACGUGUCCUACAUCAACAGCCCAAAUGAUUUCUGGUGUCAGCUAGCUCAAAACGCUGUGCACUUGAAAUUGCUUAUGCAAGACAUGCAGGCAUAUUAUGCUGGCAGUGAGUUUGAGCCUCUUACAGAAAGAUCUUGUGUUGCUUGCCACCCGGACAAUAGAAUGUGGUACAGAGCUCUUGUAAUUCACAAUUACAAAACCCCUCUUGUGGAUGUUCUUUUCGUUGACUACGGCCAGACAAGAGCUGUUUCUCUCUAUGAACUGAGAAGGAUCUGCCCAGAAUUCCUCCAGCUACAAGGCCAAGCAUUUCGGUGCAGCCUUUUCAACCCUCUUGAAGCCAUGUCUGUUGUAAAUGAGUGGAAUGAAGAGGCAAAAGAAACUUUUCACAACUUUGUGGAAACUGCUUCCACUAACAUAUUACCAUUAAAGUGCACUGUAUAUGCCGUCAUGUACAAUGAACAAAAGAUAGUGUUCAACAUGGUGGACCUGGAAACUCCAUUUGAAAGCAUCUGCACCAUUAUGGCCAAUCUUGCCAAAGUUGAACCUGCCAAGAAAGACCCUGGAUCAUCUUUUCGCCUGGACACAUUCUACUACUCUACACACAACAUCAAAACUGGAACCGAGGAACAGGUCACAGUCACGUGUGUGGUCAGCGUCAAUCAAUUCUACUGCCAGCUUGAGAAGAAUGCUGAUGUGAUAAAGGACCUCAAGGUAAAGGUAAAUGACCUCUGUCAACAGCUUGCACGUGUGAAGACCCCAACAGUAUUUGGAACAUUGUGCUUUGCAAAAUACACUGAUGGACUGUGGUACCGGGCACAGGUCAAAGCCACAAGACCUUCAGUCCUGGUUCAUUUUGUUGAUUAUGGUGACACAACUGAAGUGGCAAAAUCAGACUUGCUUCCAGUGCCUAAAGAGGCCUAUGACAUCAUGUCUGUACCUGUGCAAGCAGUAGUGUGCUGUCUCUCUGAUGUCCCUGCAGAUGUCCCCAGCGAGGUGAACGGCUGGUUUACAACAACUGCGACCGAAUGUAAAUUCAGUGCACUAGUGGUGGCCAAAGAACCCAAUGGGAACCUGCUUGUGGAACUGUAUCGGAAAGAAAUCCAAAUCAAUUCGAAGCUUAAGAAGAUCUUUCAAAUAGAGUCGCAGAUUGAAGGGAAAGUUAUCUAUGAGGGUCGGAAAGUAGAGACUCCCACUGCAAAUAAGGUACCAAAAACAACUUUUUCCCCAGAAGCAAUGCCAGUUCCUCCAAAAACCAUCCGGAAAUUAAUGCUGGAACCAAAACCAGCACAUCAAGUGAGAAGUGAGCAAGUGAGAAGUGAGAUGCUAACUUCAAAACAGAAUUCGCAAAAUGGUCCGAGGGUUAAAGCCUCUUCAAAGGAAAUGUACUUACCACCACACCUAAGACAGCACUAUGAUGGGCAAAUGAUUAAAAAACCAAGACAAGAACAUCUCAUAGUUGCAAACAACUCAAAACAUAGUGAUAGUACAUUACCCAGCAAAGAAUCUGACAAUGUGCUCCCACAAGCGAAAAAUCCUCAGCGCCCUAAACUUAAAGACAUUCCCAAAAACUCGCUACCAUCGGGUAUGGAGGCAGAUGUUUAUGUCUCGCAUUACAACAGCCCGUUAAGUUUUUACGUACAGCUUGUCCGAGAUGAAGACAACAUAUUCUCCCUGGUUGACAAGCUCAAUGACUCGCUGUCAACUCCUAAAAUCAGCCUCGCAGGAGUGGCUGCAGGGGAAGUUGUUAAAGCCCAAUUUGCAGGUGAUUCCUUGUGGUAUCGCGCAGUUGUAAGAGAAGUACUCUCCAACUCCAUGGCUCUUGUUGAGUUUAUUGAUUUUGGCAACACUGCACAAUUAUCUACAUCCCAGAUCGCCAAUCUAGAUAAGGAAUUUGUGCAGUUACCAAGGUACAGCACACAUUGCAUGCUAAGUGGUUGUGGAUCUCUUGAACUGCUUGAUGCAGAAGUAGUACAGACUUUAAAGAGAGAUAUGGGUUCCAAUGCAGAGAAGAAGCUGAAUUGUCAGUUUGUCCAACUGUCAGAAGAUGUGUGGGAAGUCACUCUAGUGGAUAACGGUGUGCAGAUUCGGUGUGACGCUCCAUCAAGGUGCCCUAAAAUCUCUCCAGACUUUGAACACGUGGUGAAAAAAUCUGCUCAGAACCCAGAAACAUCACUAAAAUCAUGUUAUCUCUAUUACCACCCCAUGAAUUUCAAAGUGGGACAACAGUUACCGGUUUAUAUCUCGGCUGUAUGUGAUGCUCAGUCCUUUUGGUGUCAGUCUCUUGACUCGGUGGAGCUUGAUAAGCUAUCUGAAAGUCUCUCAGAAAUUGGAAAUGCUGAGAGUAAUGAACAUGUCAGCAUUAGCACUCUCUCCCCUGGCACUCCAUGUGUUGCACUUUUUGCUGAGGACCAGCUUUGGUGCCGUGCAGAGGUGUUGAAUAAAAAUGGGAGGGAGCUGUCCGUUCUAUUUGUAGACUACGGAAACACAUCUCAAGUGACCGACUCAAAUGUCAGGGAAAUCACAGAUGACCUUUUAACAACUCCUCCUCAGGCAUUUUUGUGCAAACUUGAAGGUUUUGAUGUGUGCCGUGGCUCUUGGUGUGAUGGUGCUGUAGAUGAAUUGAUUUCAAUCACGGCAGACAAAUUACUGCAGAUGACUAUCACAAAAAUAUCAAGCGAUGAUGGAAAGGACACAUGCUUUGUGCAGUUGGAAUGUGAAGGACUAAUGAUAAAUGAAAAAAUGAAAACCUGGUGGGUCAGUUCCACACCGGACGACAAACAGAAUGUUGCACAGUCCUCACUUGAUGAAAGACAACAGUCAACUGAUCCCACAGAAAAAGUGUCCAAAGAUGAAGCUCCUGAACUUGAAGAAAUUGGUGUUAAUGGAGCUCGAACUGAGAGACAUGUCACUAAUGACCUGCUCAUGACAGUAACCCGUACCUCAGAGCACAUUGAGAACUCUGUCGAAGACACUUCAGUUAUUUCUCCUGAGUCCCCACUUGAACAGAGACAUUUGUCAGAAAGCCAGAGCCCAAAUGAGCGUGUAAACGUGGUCCCAACUCCAGAACGCAACAUUUUGUUCAAUGAUAUUGGAAUAGAAGAAAACAAACUUCUCUUACAAAUCAUUGCCGAAAAUGUUGGGGAAAGUGACCAGAACUAUGAUGAGGAAUCUGCCUCAGUGAUGCAAACAACUUGGCCAGGAGAAAUAACAUCUCCAGAUCAGAGCCUUCAAAAGGCCUCUGAUGAAUCUGUGCUCUCAACGUCCCAAUUUAAGGAUUGGGCUGCCUGCAACAUGAGUGCCAGCUCUGAAGUCAUGAGUUAUUCUGUUGCACAAAAUAAAGCUAGCAAUGACUGCAACCUGACCAAUUCAAGUCCAAUUACAAGUGGGAUGUCUAUGAAAAUGGUUCCUUGUUAUGACUUGGUCGCAGUUCUCAAAGAAAUGAACAACAUGACAACUAGUGACGAGACUUUGGAAGUUUCUAAGGAGAAUACAUAUUCAGAUGUUCCGGAUGACAGCAGACCUAUUUUCACAGAUGUGGAGGCGAUGCAUCGUGCUGAGGAGGCAAUGCAUCGUACUGAGGAGGCGGUGCAGAGUACUGAGGAGGCGGUGCAGAGUACUGAGGAGGCGGUACAUGGUACUGAGGAGCCGGUGCAUCGUACUGAGGAGGCGGUGCAACCUACUGAGGAGGCGAUGUAUCGUACUGAGGAGGCGGUGCAUCCCACUGAGGAGGUGGUACAUCCCACUGAGGAGGCGGUACAUCUUACUGAGGAGGCGGUGCAUCCCACUGAGGAGGCGGUGCAUCCCACUGAGGAGGCGGUGCACCCCACUGAGGAGGCGGUGCAUCGUACUGGGGAGGCGGUGCACCCCACUGAGGAGGCGGUGCAUCAUACUGGGGAGGCGGUGCGCCGUACUGGGGAGGCGGUGCGCCGUACUGGGGAGGCGGUGCGCCGUACUGAGGAGGCGAUGCAUGCCACUGAGGAGGCGGUGCAUCCUACUGAGGGGGCGGUGCACCCUACUGAGGAGGCGAUGCAUCCUACUGAGGAGGCGAUAAAUCCCGCCGAGGGGGCAACACUGGCAGAUUCCUGUGGUCUAAGUGAUGAUGGUGUAACGACUGAUAGCAAUGAUUGCUGCAUCGGCGUGGCAGAGGAGGAAACGAACAACAUGACAACUAGUGACGAGACUUUGGAAGUUUCUAAGGAGAAUACAUAUUCAGAUGUUCCGGAUGACAGCAGACCUAUUUUCAAAGAUGUGGAGGCGAUGCAUCGUGCUGAGGAGGCGAUGCAUCGUGCUGAGGAGGCGAUGCAUCAUACUGAGGAGGCGGUGCAUGCCACUGAGGAGGCGAUGCAUGCCACUGAGGAGGCGAUGCAUGCCACUGAGGAGGCGGUGCAUCCUACUGAGGAGGCGGUGCAUCCUACUGAAGAGGCAGUGCAUCCUACUGAGGAGGCUGUGCAUCCUACUGAGGAGGCAGUGCAUCCUACUGAGGAGGCGGUGCAUCCUACUGAGGAGGCGAGGCAUCCCGCCGAGGGGGCAACACUGGCAGAUUCCUGCGGUCUAAGUGAUGAUGGUGCAACGACUGAUAGCAACGAUUGCUGCAUCGGCGUGGCAGAGGAGGAAACGGAUUGUAGCAGCAGAAUGACCGUGGAACUUUUGUCCUCUGCAGACGACUGCUCGGACGUUUGCCUGCCAAACGUCAUCCAUUUGUCUCUGGUCGUCAACGAAGGAUGCGAAGACGGCAGGCGCUGAACAAGAUGGACGUUUGUCUGCGUUCAAGUUAAGUCCAAACACGUGUUAAGUUUGUCCUCGUGUUGUUAUAUUGUUCAGCAUCUCGAUAGAAGGGUGUAGCGUCGCAAACACUUAAUAUCUUCAAACUUUGCUUUGAUUGUUUUGUUAAAUAUCAAAAAAGACAAUUUUUGGUGUCAUUUUGGAGCUUUUCAUGCACAAUUUUUGGUGUCAUUUUGGAGCUUUUCAUGCACUUUUGGUUUACUGUGUGACAGUAAAGUUUGUUACAAAUUU